ACAAACACACCCAUGCUCAGACACACACACACACCACACACAUAUACACACCCAGUCUCACACCGUGAGCCAGCCAGCCAUUCGCUCCUCACUCACACCCUCAAAUCUUACCAAGCUCAGCUCUCCCUGCUCAGAGGCAGACAGGAGCAGCACGGCAGCCUGUUAAAGGAGUUGAGGGAAAGAGCAGCAGUGUCAGAGAGAGGAACAGAAAGAGAGAGGGAGGGGGAUGAAAGAGUGAAGGGAAGCAAAGCAGAGAGAGCGCUGUUCCCCAUAUGCUGAGGAGGCAUGGGCGGUUGAACAAGCUGCCCCCACUGAAGCCUCCUGACUCAUGGGAGCGUCAGACCCCGAUCCCCCAGAGAGCCUGGAAACGCUGCCGAACCACGCGUAAGAGAGAAGGAGGAGGGAGAAAAAAGAGCCGAGAGGAGAGGAGAGGAGAGGAGAAGAGAGGAGAGGAGAGGGAAGAAAGCCACAACGGUAGGCUGUCCCACUCAACUGCUGUGCCGUGAUGACGUCAGGGGGCAUGUGACCCAGGCUCUCCAGUGACGGCACAUGGAGGGCAGGAAAGAGACGAGUUUUAAAGCUGGUGCCGUUUGGGUUGUGUGAGGGCUCUGCUCGCCUCCCAAACAACCACAGAACCACAGACGUGCGGCUCGGGGUUGGUGUUUGAGGGCGACCUGGAGUGUAAAUGGUUAAUCGUCGCGGGCCAGCACCAGUCACAAGGACGGCGCUAAGCGAGACGUGUCAAGGGUCACGGAAACCACAGAGGAACAAAAGUGGGGCUUGCUGCAACCAGAGGCAGCUAUGGCAUCUAACAGCCUUUUCAGCACAGUGACACCAUGUCAACAAAACUUCUUCUGGGAUCCCAGCGCCAGUCGGAGGUUCAGUCCGCCGUCCAAUAGCCUCCAGCCAGUCCCAGGGAAGAUGAACGAUGUGAGCUCCCCAGCCGGCCAGCCGGACGCAGCAGCGGUGGUGCCAAGACUACGUCCCCACGAAAACCGCAGCAUGGCCGAGAUCAUCGCCGACCACCCGGCCGAGCUGGUCCGGACCGACAGCCCUAACUUUCUCUGCUCGGUCCUGCCCUCCCACUGGCGGUGCAACAAAACGCUGCCUGUCGCCUUUAAGGUGGUCGCCCUGGGAGACAUACCUGACGGGACCGUUGUCACGGUAAUGGCGGGGAACGACGAGAACUACUCUGCCGAGCUGCGGAACGCCUCAGGUGUGAUGAAGAACCAAGUAGCGCGCUUCAACGACCUUCGCUUCGUGGGCCGCAGUGGCAGAGGCAAGAGCUUCACCCUGACAAUCACAGUAUUCACCAACCCACCACAAGUGGCCACUUACCACCGAGCCAUAAAGGUCACCGUGGACGGACCACGUGAGCCCAGGAGGCAUCGUCAAAAGCUUGAGGACCCUCCCAAGACCGGCCUCUUCUCAGACCGCCUCAGUGAGCUGGAGAGGAUGAGGGUGAGGGUGGCCGUUCCCACUCAAGCCCCACGGCCCGCUCUCAACACACCGGCCAAUUCCUUCAAUCCGCAGGGACAGACGCAGAUAACAGACCCACGUCAGUCCCAGUCCUCUCCUCCCUGGUCAUAUGAACAGACGUACCCGUCCUACCUGAGUCCCAUGGCAUCCCCCUCAGUCCACUCCACCACCCCCCUCUCCUCCAGCCGAGGCACGGGCCUGCCUGCCAUCAGUGACGUGCCUAGACGCUUGCCAGGUUCCUCUGACCUGAGCCCGUUCCCCGGUCAGUUCGAGCGUCAGUUCCCAGGCCUCUCCUCCCUCACAGAGAGUCGUUUCUCCAGCCCUCGGAUGCACUACCCGGCCACCUUCACCUACACCCCGCCCGUCACCUCUGCCAUGUCGCUGGGCAGCGCCCACUACCACACCUACCUUCCCCCGCCUUACCCGGGCUCCACCCAAAGCCAGAGCGGUCCCUUCCAGACCAGCAGCACACCCUAUCUCUACUACGGCGCUUCGUCCGGCUCGUACCAGUUCUCCAUGGUUCCCGGCGGGGAUCGCUCGCCUUCCCGGAUGAUCCCACCUUGCACUAGCGCCUCCACGGGCACUUCCCUGGUGAACCCCAACCUGCCAAGCCAGACGGAGGGAGGGGUGGAUGGCGACGGGAGCCACAGUAACUCCCCGACUGUUCUCAACCCCGGAGGCCGCAUGGAUGAGGCUGUCUGGAGGCCAUAUUGAAGAAAACAAGGAGGAAGAAAACAAGAAGUCAACUGAUGUCAUGGUUUGGAAGCACAAAGCCUUUUUUUAUUGAAAAGGGGAUUUUUGAGCUCUCAUCAGCUAAGAACUAUCUCUACCUUUUGCUUGGAAAUUAAGGUUGAGGUUAAAAAAAAAAAAAAAUACUUGUACGGACUUGUCUUCCUGGAAUGUGUUUUGACCAAGGCACUACAAAGGGAGUCAUUCUCACAGCAAUAAUGAGAAAGACACUAGACAAUUUUGGUUUACUAGGCGCAAGUGGAUGAGACAUUAUUCCAGUUUUAUUAUAAUCCACAAGCUAAGGGAUGCUUCAACAAUAUUUGUAAAAGACUGCCUCUUUUGUAUAGUGUUUGUAUUUCAAUAAGGCUUUUUGCAGAGCAUGUUUUUGUACUACGACAAUAUCAAGAUGCAAGUUAAGCACUGAGUAGCAAGUGAUGAGAGUAACACAUAUGUUACCUUAAGUGGUAUGGACAGUAAAUUUGCUUUAAACCAAUUAAUUUAACUUGUAUAUUGUGGGUGAAACGUUGAUGUAGAUUGAGGCGUUUUCUUAGUUUUAACUUAUAAAGCCAUAAAUUAUGUAUUGUAUUUGAAAACUUGAGUCAAAGAAGUGUAAUCUGAAUAUUUUUGAUGCAUCUAUAUGACUAAGUUAAAAUGAUUUUUUUUUUUUUUUUUUGAUAGGUAAUUUAAAGAGUGAGAGGUUUAAUUUUUUUAGUACCCAAAGAUUUAAAUCGUUUCGAAUAUGAAAUGUAAUUUCCAAAGAGUAUUGCAACAUGUUUCUUCUGGUGUAACUUUCAGUUUAACUGCUCCACACGUUAGGAGCCCAACAUCCUUGCUAGGCGUUGACAUACAUUUGGCUCAGAAUUAAACCUUUGGUAUUUAUUGAGCAAUAACUCGUAUUGUGCCUCUUGGCAACAUACCAUGAAAGAGAGCUUCAAUGGGGGAAAAUAAUUAUCCGUUGGGGAAAUUCAGCUUGAUUUCUCGAGUUUGUCUGGUUUGACAUGCACACAGAUACAUGCGUAUUUUCCCGUCCAAAUAAGAAAUGGUACAUUCAUACACGAAUUGACAUGUAGCCCAAAGAUGAUUAUGCUGGUGCCACGCCUAAUGGUACUUUGAGUGCACUCAAAAGUAGCAGGUCAGACUUUUAGGGUUCAGUUAUUUUGUGAUAAAGAUAAAGAACUCCUCAGGACUGGAAUGAUCCUCGGAUGAUCGCACAGACUUGCUAUAUCUGCACGUCCUCUUCACAACCAGUCCGGCUGAAUGCUCUUGUCAAGAUUAUAGGGAAAACAUGCCAAGGCUGUUAUAGCUUUCAUAUCAUGUGGAAAAGAUAGCUUUGAAAAAGUUUGUCUUAGUGUGUGACACACACGGGUACUUUUUUUUUUUGUUUUUUGGUUUGUUUUGUUUUUUUUUUGCAUUUUCUCUUUCAGUCUUUGAGAUUGAAAAUGAAAUAUCACAGUUGAAACAGAAGAGACUGUGACAUUCCUUCAGACGUAUUUAUUUUCCCUUCUUUUUUUUUUUGCUUCUGUUGACAUGGUUUACCAAAUAGAUCUGUACUGUCCCUCACUAGUGUCAUAACCUAAAAUCAUUCUGUGGCACCAGGAUGAGGGAACGUCUGAUAUUCCAAAUUUAAAAUUGCUAUGUGAGAUUUUUAAAGUGUUGGAGUAAAAGGAAAAAGUGCAAAAAAAGCCGAGGUGAUUGGAUGCAGCUGCUGGCAGCAAACUGGUAACCAAAAAAUAUGGGAGACUUGUGUAUGUUUGUUUCAUAAAGCACUUAUUUCUUGUUUUAUUUCUAGCAGCACUUGCGGCUGGCUGCCAGCAGGGCUCGUGGUUUUGGUCCUCAGUGCAGAUAUAACGCCACUGGAGUCAUAUGAACACACACACACACACACACACACACACACACACACACACACACACACACAGACACACACAUAUACACACGCAGAAUGGAUAACACUUGGCUAAACAAGCCAUUUUCAUUGGAGUUGGUAGGCAGUUGGUAUUUGUUUGAAAAAAGCAUUUUUUUUUUGCUUUCAUACAAUAUGAUAUUCAGUGCAUGUAGGUAAUAUAAUAACCCAAUUUUAAAAAGCUGAGAAAAACAUGGCCCUGUCCAAGGAUCAGACUUCAAGCUUUUCAUUGAAGGUUUGCACGCAGUGCCUCUUUUCCCGUCUCUGCAGAGGAUGUUCGGAACUCAGUUAAUGGAAUUGAACAUGUCACACUACAUUUCCCCAACUGCUUCAGCCCAAACGAAAAGUAUUUUUGCUGUUACAGUGUAACAUAAGAAAGCAAAUAAAAACCUUUUAGAUUGUUGUGAUUUUAUAGCUUUUUUCCAAUUACAAAUUGAUUCAGUGUCUCCACGGUAACUAUGCACAUCUGUAGGAAUUUAUUUAAACUCCUUUCUCUCUUUCCAACUUUGAACAGGAAAUGGUCUUUUAAAAACUGUUUACACAUCAUCGCAGCACUGACAUCCCAUUCUGUCCUCAUCUGCUUUUGUUUGUGUUGUGUUUAUUGUUUGGGUUUUUUUUUUUUUCCAGAAAACAAGAGGUCCAUCCUUUCUUUUUUUCCCUCUUGGUUAAAUGUUGCAUACAAACUGUCAUCAAAGAUGCUGACCUUGUAUUAUUUAAUGAUCAACAUGUAUGAUAUCCAGGAACCGUACUUUUACCCUGCUCUUAUAUAAAGUUGACUUGUUAUGUCUAUUGUUAUGCUUCUUCUCUCAUGAACACUUGUCAGGAAAUUUAAACUGGUACGUUUCAUAAAGGUGUUCCAUAAGGUGAGUGUUUUGUUUUGUUUUUUUUUUCUUUAAAGGGACAAACAGACCUGACAACAGUGAGUGAAAUUGGCAUUGUGAUUGUACAUUUUGUUUAUUUUAAGAAUAAAAUAGGAAUUUUGUAACUUAAA